AUGGAGGAAAUAGUAGAAGAGGGUCAACAAUUCACAUGCAAGAUAUGUUUUGAAUACGUUCAUGUAUCUAAUAAGUUCAUUAUUCAAGAUUGUGUUUAUGAUCAUUUUCACUGCACCAACUAUGCUUCUAAGCACAUGGAAACACAAGUGGUAGAUUAUAAUAAUUCAAAGGUUACUUGUAUUGAUCCUGAGUAUCAAGCACUGUAUGAGAUUUCAAGGUGUGACAGUUUACUUUUUGGAUCCACGAUAGAGAAAUGGCAAAGGUGCCUUUGUGAAUGGGUAGUAACUUCAGAAGAUGGAAGAAUGGCUUAUUGCCCUUACGUUGAUUGUUCAAAGCUGAUUGUCGAUGAGUGCACUGGUGGUCAGGCACGAGAUGUAUCAUGUCCUAAUUGCAAGGGGAAACAGGUGUAA